AUGAUCCCCUCAAAACGUACUCCCGCGAUGAGUGCCGGUCUGAAUGAGGCGGAUAUUAUCGAGGCGCUGCUCAAGAAGGACGGAUUCAAAAAAUGGGGCUUUGUGAUCUAUCGAUGCACAUACCAAAACAACUCUGACUGGGAGAAGUUCAUGGCUCGCUUCCUGAACGAAGUCACAAAUCACCUUGAGUCUUACAACGGCCUUGAUCUCCUUGACACAUAUAUGCCAACAGUCCUGGAAAACCCCUCUUUUGAGGGCGCGACAGCUGCUACUUUACGUGAGCACUUUAAUCAAUGGGCAAAGACUUCAUUGAAAGAGGAACAGGAUGUUCCUGAAAAUUAUCGUGCAGCCAAUGGCCGUUACAGAUUUUUUAUCGCAGUGGACCAGGAAGCUAUGGAAUCAGUCUUAAAUGUCCCUGAGGAUUCUGACAUGGAUGAGACAGGAUUUGUUCGCAUGAUUUAUGGUGAAUGGGAGCCUGAGGUACUUGAUGAAGAGGACAUUGCUAAUGGCCAUGAGACUGAGGCAGAGGAGCCUAUUGAGGGGUGUACCCUGCACAAUGUCGGCUGGAUGAAAAUGUCCUGGCGUUGGGUAGUACUGCCAGGAUUUCACAAGAUGCGGAGUUGUGAUGAUUGGGAAACUUAUUAUGCUCGUCCCCCAGAGAUUGGAGACAUUGAUUGA